AUGCCGAGUGGCGCGACUACGACCGGAGGAGCUGCUAGCGGUUCAGCAGCACUCCGAUUAGACGUCCCAUCUUGGGACGGUGAGCCCGACAAGCUGCUUGCAUACAAGUUCGACGUCGGGCUCUUCAGCAAGAGCUAUAAGGUUCAGGACAGGUACGUGGUGGGACCCCAGCUGGUGAGAGCUCUGGGGGCAAGAACACGUAGACUGGCACAGGCGUGCCCAGACAUCGACAAUAUUGAUGAAGUCACCGACGAGGGCAAACUGACACGAUGGCAACGCGUCUUCGACUUCCUCUUGUCGAAGCUUGACCUGUCCAACGUGAACGAGAUGGGUAACUCUGCGGAGAAAUUCUUCAACAAGCUCCAGCGGGAGCCGGGCGAGUGUUUCCCCGACUGGACAGCGCGCUGGGAGGCAGACGAGCGCGACCUCUUGUUGCAGCUGAAGGCGGUGGACAGCUCGGUCGAGGAGGUUAUCGCAGCGCCGCUGAGGACGUGGUGGCACCUCCGCCGAUCGCGCCUGAGCCCUGUGGCCAUGGGCGAGAUCACCGCUACGGCGGGGGGCGACUACGAAUUCGACAGUACGUACAAAGCGCUGUGCACGAGGUACCCGCUGGAGGCGUUAAAGGAGAUCGACGGCGUCCGCGAGAAGAAGGACAGGCGCGCGGGGUUCUUCGGCGACGCCGAGGAGGCCGAGCAGGAGAACCACGACUUCGAGGACAGGCCCGCGAUUGCGGACAUCGUGGACCAGCUGGUGAACUUAGCGGGCGAGGAGGACUCGACCGUCUUCGAAGACUCCGAGCUUGUCGACGACUACGAGGACGGCAUCUACGCGGAGUUCAGGCAGCUGGGCAGGAACUUCAAGGACGCGAGGGACCUCAUCAGGAAGCUCAAGUUCGGACGCCAGGCGAAGGGUUGCCCCGAGAGGACGAAGGGCCGCGGCAAGCCACAGCCCAACGAGACGACCUCGUCUGCGCUUCUAGAGCUCGGCGACCUGGUGCUCCUCUUGGACGACGCGGGCGGCAUCUGGGCGAUCCUUGACUGCGGCGCCACGAGGGGCCUCAUUGGUGUGACGAUGGCCGAGCACCUCAUCUACGACAUGGAGGAGAAGCACAACAUACUGUUCGACGUGGUGGAACGGACGCGACACUUCACUUUCGGCGACGGCAGGCGCAAGAGCUCGAUGGGCACCAUGACGGGUGCCAUCUUUCUCGGUGACGACAAGGAGAAGAUCGGGAUCUCGAUCAUGGACAACGAGGUGCCCCUGCUGAUCGGCAUGGACGUGCUGGGACCUGAUCAUACCAACGCCCUCAUCGACUGCGGUAACGGAUACCUGAUGCUACCGAAGAUCUCACAUCACGUCUUCCAGUGCCGGAAGAUGCCCAAUGGUCACCUCGCCAUCAACGUGACGACUCCGACGUGGUGGCAGAACACCCCACACAGCCUCCCGAACAUCGUCGGGAUCACACAGUGCAACGCCAUGAAGGACGAGGCUGAGACGUCCGCGGUCGUGGACGAUGCGGUGCUGGAGCUGGGCAUCUUGGGGACCAUCUUCGGGGACCAAGAGUUCGAGAGCAACGAUCAAAGAAACCGAGACAUCUCCAAGAGCGCAAUCCAGGCCGAGGCCAGGGUCAUACAAGACGAGCUCGCUUCUGUACCCCCAAAGGAUGUGAUCAUGAAGGCUGCUGGAUCGAAUCCGACCUCCACCAUGGUCCAGGCGGCCAAAUCCAAGGCGCCGGGAUGCCAGAGGCCGGCGAGCCCAGAGGUCAGUUGGCGGCGCAGGUCCGAGGUGAUCUACCUGAGGUGGAGGCGGAUGCUGUCCAAGAUCCUGAAGAGACUGGCGAAAGACCCGCCCUCGGAAUCCUUCGAGAUGCUGGACGACUCACCCGAGAAGGACCUGGACAUCAUGCAGAAGGCUCUCGAUCAGUACGAUCGGGACUACACGAAGGAGAUCGGCGACGACGUGAACUUUCUGUCCCGCAACGGCCGCUACGACCUGCUCGAGGUCUGCACGCCUCCGAAGUCUCGUCUCUCCCAGGCGGUGAUCGACCUCGGUGGAGCUGCCCUCCGAGCUGGGGUACACAGCGGGUUCGACAUGGCGACGGAGACUGGAGUACGACGGCUUACUCUGUGGAUUCGGCAACGUCGGCCUCGACGCAUCGUCAUGAGUCCCCCGUGCACCGCGGACUGCCAACUCCAGAACUGGAAUAAGAAGACCCCAGAGGACUGCGAACGUCUACGUAAAAAGGUGCAACAGGCUCGUCGGAUACAAGCUGGGUGCGAGACCAUCAUGUCAGUCGGGCUCCAAUUCCAGGGGACCGAGAUCGACCUGGAGCAGCCGCAGAGAUCUCAUAGCUGGGGACGUUCGGAGGCACUGAAGCGCAUCAGGGAGCAAACCUACGAGUCGCUGGUGUCUGGCUGUGCUUACGGCCUUCGCUGCCCCCGCCGCGGUCUCCUCUUACCCAAGGUCUGGAGGAUUUGCUCUACCGACCCCGAGCUGCAGAAGGCCAUCGGCAAGCGCUGCAGUAAUCGCCCUGGUCGGCAUGACAACCACGAGCAUGGUGAGAUCCUCGGGGGGAAGGUGGUAGCGGCCACAGCGUUCUACCCCGAGGCGUUGUGCAAGGCCUGGGCGAAGCGCAUUCUGCGUGCCGGAGGUGGUACUACAGCUGGAACCUCAGCUCUCUUGGCGACGGACCAGGACACUGACGAUGGCAUCUUCGAGGGCAUCGACGAAGACGGCGAUCAGGAGAUGAAUGAACCGCAGGCGUCAGACGAGGAGCUCGACGAGGAUGACCUCAGGGAGCUUUCCAAGGACGGCGGCGCGCUGAGCACCAAGGGCCCGGGCGCGAGCAUCCAGGUUCUGAAGAUGGCCAUGGAGUUUAAGUGCCACGCCUGCGACUCCUCGGUGUUGCCGAAGGCCGUCAGAACGGCUGCUGGCAUCGACGUUCCCGAGGUAUUCGAGGUGAUGGGCAGUGACGGUCUCGAGUGGACCGACCCUGUUGACGACACGACCUACUUGUUCACGCUGAACCUUGACGAGGGGUCUGGACUCACGCAGAUCUUCAACCACGGCGACAAGUCCCAGAGGUCCGGCAACCGAUCAGCAGCGGACCUCCUAGAGACCUGGAGAUCGUGGACGAAUCACUACCGCGCUCCUCGCCUCAUUCGCUGCGACGCUGAGGGAUGUCAUCGAGCUGAACUCACCAAAAGCUGGCGCAGUGCGCGCGGGAUCGAGAUGUUCAUCGCUCCUGGCGAAGCGCACUGGCUAAUGGGCAAGGUUGAGCGCAGGAUUCAGCUGUUCAAGCGGACUCUCACUAAGUUCAGGAAACAGAAUCACGACUGCGACAUCGACGAAGCCAUCAGCCAGGUCACGCAUGCGAUCAACGAUCUUGACAAGGUCGGGAACCAUUCACCCUUCGUACACGCCUUUGGUACUGGAGGCCAUGGGGGAUCAGGCAACCCCUUUGCCAUCGUGGACGACAGCAACGGAGAGUCCCGGGAGCAGAGGCGAUCCAGCCGUCCGAACCACCUGAGGACCAAGACGAUCGGAUGGACGGAGAAGCUGCUGAACCUGAUCACUUGGACGGACGUACGGAACCAGCCGGGCAAGCCAACAGUCGAGGACAACAACGAGGAGCUCUUCUCCCAGAUCACCUUCGACGGGAACAGGGACGGCACCGACUUCGAGCUGAUCGCUGAGUUCCGCAAGGCCAUGACGAAGGAGGUCGCCAACUGGAAGCAGUACAAAGGUCUCCGCCGUGCCCCCGCUUCCGAAGUAAAGGACCCUGCGGACGUGAUCAGGUGCCACUGGGUACUGACGCGCAAGAGCGAUGGGACCGCGAAGGCGCGCCUCGUCCUCCUCGGCUACCAGACUAAGGACAUCGGACAGGAGCCGACUGCCUCACCAACGGCCUCACGCCGCGCUCGGAAUCCACUCCUCACGGUCGCGGCCGCCAACUCCUGGACCAUCGUCAAGGGCGACGUGACCAGUGCGUUCUUGCAGGCGAGCGACCUGAAGAAGGAUCUCUUCGUGGAAGCCGACGAUGCGCUAUCUGCUGAGUUUGGUGUUCAACCUGGCCAAGUGCUACGCGUGGUGAAGCCAGGCUACGGCAUCGGCGAGGCUCCUCGCAAAUGGUGGCAGACGGCGAAGCAGGACUUCGCCAAGCUGGGACUGCAAGCGUGCGACCUUGAACCAUGUCUGUGGAGUCUACGCUGCCCAGAGACCAAGGCGCUGCUGGGGCUCAUCAUGCGCCACGUGGAUGACUUCAUUCUCUGCGGUGACCGAGACCAUCCUGCAUGGCGGAAGGCGCUGAAGAGCAUCAAGGGCCUCUACACGUGGGGCACCUGGGAGGAUAUGGACGACGGGAUCGACUCCAUCGAGCAGUGCGGCGUUACGAUCGUGAGGAACGAGAAGGGUUUCUUCCAACACCGGCAGGGCUACAUUGACAAGCUGAAGGAGAUCUUCCCGAAGUGCCCGAAGGCCAAGACCGGUGACCGAUUGACCGAGGCGGACCAGAGACCUUUUCAGGAGGCAUGCGACUUUACCGUCUUGGACUGGGGAUCUCGCAAGCUCAAGCGGGUUGCCAGGUCCAGCCUGUCCGCAGAGAUCCAGGAGGCCAGCGACGCGGAGGGCGAGCAGAUGAUGGUGCGCCUGGUGCUCUACGAGGAGGGCGAGACGAUCGUGCGCUGGGUGCACAGCCAUGCACAGCUGGCCGAUGGCAUGACCAAAGCCAGCCAGCAGGCCUUGCACGUGCUCCACUCUUUCCUGAAGAGCCAGCGCUGGAAGAUCGUUCACGACGAGAGGUUCUUGUCGGCUCGCAAACGGUCAUCCCUUUGUAAAGGGAUCUUCGACGAGACGACCGAGACCGACCACAGCGAGGCCAAGAAGAUCCUGGAAGGCAGGAGGCGGGCCCAGCCCCCUGCGAGCGACGUGGCCACGGCCGGCGCCACGCGCGACAAGCUCGAGCAGAUCUCUUUUCCCCCUGUCUGGUUUCGAGGAUGUUCAUGA